AUGCGCAUGACUGUCUCGCUCUACCAUGACCAGUUCAACAGCGCCCAUCUAACCGAUGCGAUGAAUCUGCUGGCUAUCGAACCUCUGGGCCAUGAUUCUCGGCCUCAUGCCCCUCGGUACCUCGAUGGACUGCGAGUCCACAGACUCACGAUCAAAGGGGUGUUGGGAUCCGUCGCCCAUUCUCACGCCCUUCUACGAAAACUGGACGAGCGCGUCAGCGCCCCGGAUUUCGUCAUAGAUGAUGUAUGGUGUGUUAUGGUGGGAGGGAUUGGCUUCGGGGCCGCGGCGACGACUGAAUCUAGUGGGUACUGGACAAGGAUCUUGAAGGACGUAUACAAGGGCGACGAGGGUCGGAGGAAGGCGCGGAACAUCACAUGUCCGGUCUACUGGUUACAGGGAACGGAGGACAUGCCGUUUGGAACCACCGUUCCAAAGGAACAGAUUCAACUGUUUACCUCAUCCAAGGAGGCCAAACUCACCAUGAUUGAGGGCCAACCCGUUGGGAGGUCCGACAGCCGUCAGCCCAGCUCAGUAUAG